GGGCUGAGGCUCCUCCAGAAGUUGGCACCGUGGGAGGGUGCAGGUCGGCACCAGACGGGACAGGAUUCUGUUCCUCCGCGGGCUCGGGGCUUGAGCAGACCCCCGAGUAUGGCCAGAGCCCACCGUGAGACCCCAGGAAAGCAUCCGCUGGGGGAAGGAUGCCUGGGGAAGCUGCUUGGUGGAGGACAGCUGGCAAAACCACAUUGUGUCAGGUUAACGUGUGGGUCUGCAGGAGAACUGGCUCUGCGACACAAAAGUGGCCCAGACUGUGACUCAUAAUAGCCCAGUGGUAUUUUAAAUGCUGUAUUUCCAGCUGACUCAGGGCUCUGGGAAGAACAACGUGAGGUCAGACCGGUGGGCUGCCACUGUAUGGCAAUGCCAGCCUUUGCAGUAUGGCAGUUUCAGGGUCUGCCAUAUGGUAAUUCAGCUUCUGCUGUAUGGUGACGUUGACCUCUGCUUUAUGGCAAUGCCAACCUCUGCCAGCACAGUGCCAGCAAUGCUCCCACCCAUUGCCCAUCUGCCUCACGCCCACCCCAGUGACAUUUGGGAAAGGAGUGAGGAGGGCAGAGGAAUGCACACAGGGCUGACACACUCAUUCAUCCCCCACCCCCGACUGCGAUGCAUUCCAGGCAGCCCUCCUACAACACCACAUUUGCUUCACCACAGUCCAUCCCUGCACAUGCUCACUUAUCCUCUGCCAGGAAGGCCUCUCCCAAGGCACCUGGAGCAGCACCUGCCAUAAAUCAGGCAGACCUCCCUCACACCUCAUUCUGCCAUGCUGAAAAAUGAGCACACAGCUUCUCAUCUCAGCACCUGCAGCACGAGCUGGCUCUCAGGGUGUCCCAGCGCAGCCCAAGUGAGCUCAGAUCCAUUGGGCUGUGUGCAUUUGGUGGUGCUGAACGUGGCCGCCUGCUUUGGCUUUGCAUGCUGCUGAGAUUGUCUCUGCUGGGUUUAUUUUCACACAGCUCCUCAGAACGCAGAAAGUGAGAGCUCAAAGCAAACAGGAAAAAGGCAGGUUCUCUGGGCGGCUAUUUUUAACCACUGCAAACAGCAUCAGUGUCAUUAUAUUUAGAAAAAAAAUGCAGAGCGUUUCCUGCCUCCCCUCUCAAUACCUUCAGCUAUUUCCUUGCAGAUGUUGCCAGGAGCAGCACGCAGACGGGCCGUGCUCUGGGACAGGAGGGCUGUAGCUGGGGAAUGUGGCUCAGAGCAGGUGCCCCUGGCUCUUGAGGAUGAGUGGGCAGUGAGGGCUCGGCCAGGUCCAAGUGCCACCACAUGAGCUGCAGCACCUCAAGGAUGCACCAAGGGUGAGCAUGAUGAAGAUGCAACAUCACAGUCAGCUCCUCCUGCCACGUGAUGGGGAUGGCAGAUGACACCAGGAGGUCUCAGCUCUGGGUGGACAAGGGCAGGUGGCUCAGGAUCUGCGCUUGCUGCUCAGAGAAGCUUCCCUUUGGCUUUGGUGUGCUCGGUUCCUCACAUUGUGCUCAAGGACUGCGGUCGGUGAAGCGUUUGUGUUUCAUUCCCAGCAUUUGUGUUUCGCUCUGGGUGGCAGCAGCGUGGCAGACCGCAGCUCAGUGGGGCCACAUGCAGCAUCGCUGGGAAAGAGGCUCUCCCAACCCCAACCACACUGUGCUGGUUGUGCUUUCCAGCAAAACCCCAGCACGGGGAGAACGGGAUUUCUACAAGUGGAUAGGGAAGCUCUGUGCCCGAGGGAGGCGACAGAGAAACUGUUGGAAAUGUGGUACAGAUGGCACGAGCUGCAGCCAAAAUCAGCUUAAACAGCCUGCAGCCAGGCGGUGGGUGAUGGCAAGAGUACACAACACUGCUCUCGGUGGUAUCCGUGGGAGAUGUCCCUCCUUGGGCUCAGCAAAAGCAGCUGUGUGCCCCUACUGUGUUGGGCUGUGCUUCUCUUCUUGGACCCUGGCUCCCAAGAACUGCCUUCUAAGAUGCUUCUUUGGGGCUCUGGUUGCUCAAAACAGAAGCAGAAGCCCUGACCAGGAGCAGGGUGUGCAGAGCUGUGGGUAUGGCUGCUGUCACCAACUCUGCAUGACACAUGCAGACCAAACGCUCCCUUUCUGCACACCCCUCCCCAGAGACCCUCUCUCCCAGGACACCGAGCCCAGCUGUGCUGGGUGCCCACCCAAACCCCAUCCUACAGGGGCUGCCGUGGCUCUCGUGCUGUGAUCAGAGCAUGUGUUCCAUCCAGCCCAGCUGCUGCGUGCUCUUAAUGAACACUGAGACCCGUAUGGGAUGACCUCCUCUCCUACCUCACAGGGGAUGCUCGCUGGGGGCCAUGGGUUUGCAGCCUCCCCAGCAGGUCCCUGCCCCACAGGCAGCCUGACAGCAGCAGCCUGGAGCCAAACAUCUUUUACAAAUCACGGCGCAUAGCUCACAUUCUCGGCUGGUUUAUGAGUGUUUCAUCUCCUCGUAUUGAUCAGGGCUGGAGCCGAAGUAAUUACGUUCAUCAGAAAUAAUUUCCCCUGAUUUUGAGUCAUAUUUGAGCGGGUGCCCACCUCCCCCGCUCACCCCUUUCGGCACAGCAGCUCUCUGCUCCCUGGUACAUACUUUCCGGGCGACAUCGCUGCUUUCAUAACCAUGGUGAGACCUGAAGGCUUGUUUUUCUCAGCUGGAUCCCACACACACUAAAGGUUUCAGCUGUGCCGUUAGGACUUGGCUGGGGACGUGGUCAGGAGGAGCUGGUUGAUGGGAAGUGCACGCCUGGGAAGUCCAGCACUGGGAAGAGGGAGCUGGGAGCUGGGACCCUCUGCAGCACACCCCACCUAGACAAGGACUGGAGAACAAAAUUUAUUUCAGCCUUAAACCACAAGAAAAACAGGGAUAGACAAAAAGAAUGAGCAAUGUGAUCAGGAAACAUGAGUUAGCCCCAUGGAAAAUACCAAGGGUCUGGACCCAUGAGGUCAGGGUCUGGGUUUAUAUCUUGUCUGGGAGACAACCAGUGAGAUUGUAAAAGAAGCUCGUGUUUGGAGAUGCUUUGUACCAAAAAUAAUCUCUCCGAGGCUCACAACACUCGAUACGUGAUGAUUCCUGACACUGUUUUCCAAAUAAUAAUGGGAAGAUUCAUUUGCCUGAGGCUUCCAAGCUUCAUCUUACAAAAUUCUUAUUCUUUGGGUUAUCUGAAUGUUUAACUUACGGGGACAGUUAUGGAUGGCUCUCGUCUGGGCUUCAGCAGAGACUCAUUCUGAAUUGCUGCCCAGGUUUUGCGAUACCUGUUAAGAAGCAGCGCUGGCCCUUCUCAACACAGCUGGAUGUUGUAGCGAUAAGCCCCUCGAGUCUGAAUUAUGACAUUCUCCAUGAUUUUGGCUAACAGAGCCCUUUCUCGGUCGCCACAGCCCAUCAACUCCCCAGUGCAACCUCAGCUCCUUCCUCUCUGCAGGCACAGGGGCUGUGAAUGGGACGGCCACCACCGCAGAGCCCCACUCGUGGGGUCCUCUGCGCUCAGCCCCGGCCCCCCAUGGCAGCCCACAGGGGUCAGCGGUCCCAGCUGGAGCCGAGGGUUUCUGGUGCCGCUGCCUGACUGUCAGGAGCUGGACGGCAGCCCGGAAUUCUUUUCUCACAAGUCACUUGGAUGACCACCAGAUGGUAAAUACUUUUCGUCUCUCCUCGCCUGGGCUUGGGGUGGAUGUGGUGAUCUCAAGGUGGAGGACUGCAUGGCUGCCCCUCACCGUGGCUGGUGGUCCCCGAGGGGAUGGACGUGGCCACAGAGAAUGGAAGCAGCCAUAAGCAGCCCUUUUAACUUCAGGGAUCCUGGCUGUCCUGAGCUGUCAGUAAGGAAAGGAAAAGGCUCAAGCAAAGGGAAGGGAUGGAGGGAGAGCAAGGUGUGCAGCCAUUGCAGAGGGAUGUGAGUACAGAUGAAUGGAGCAAAAAAUUAGAGAUUGGCAGGGCUGCUCACCACGGCGUGUUCAAUGGCACAGCACGAAGAAACACGGCUGUCUAAGAAAGUCAGUUUGCUGAGUGGGUUCCUUCAUUUCUAUAGAAACAGCAGAGCUUCCCAGGAGAUGUAUUUAGAUCCUUGCAAUAACUGACCACAAAAAAAAACCCCAAAACUUGACAGUAAUGCCACGGGAACCACAGAGCACAACUGUGGGAUGAAUCCCCAGCCAUGAAAUGACACGUGGUACAAAACACAGAUUGGGUACAUGCUCCAGAGGGGAAGAGUUGUAACAGUAUUUACAUGAUGAGCUGCUCAAGCACUGCUCCGUGCUCCUGCAGAAGGCAGAACCCGUGUGAUGUGGUGAGUCCAAAUCCACACCACGUGCACCCAACCCCGUGUGCUGUCCCACGGGGGGCUGCACAUCGCUUUCCUGCUCUUGCUGUGCCAUAGGAGCCAAGGAAAAAGAGCACUUUCAGCACCUGCAGAGCUUGCCUGGCCGUUCCUGCACACUGUGAAUCCCACACAGCAGAGGGGCAGCAUUCUGCCCUCAACUUUGGGAUUCCAUGCAGUGUGGGUGACAUAUCCCUCUCCCAUAGCCGUGCCCUGGGGCAGAAUUAAAUACAGGGGCUGGGUUCCCAGCUCUGCUCAGUCUUGGCACCAUCCCAGGCUGGAUGUCAGGGGAACAGCCACCCCUGCACAUUCACAGUCCAGCAGAGAGGUGCUGGCUCUCAUGCUCAGCAGCCCCCUCUGCCAUGCCCGUGCCAUUGGGGACGUGUCCCUUGUCCCUUCCCUUCUCUUGCUCUCCCAGCAGACAGCACGCUCUCACCUUGAAGGGAGUGGAAAUGUCAGCUGGAAUGUAGGCUGGAAAAAAAAGAAAGCAAAUCUUGAGGCUCGUCCAAACCUACUCCUGUUUAUAUUGGAGCCUGGGAGUGACAUCAGAGCAGGGAGAGUAUAAACACCAGCAGGACCCACUCGGGGCUUUAAAGCCUGCAAACAUGAGGCUCCGGCUGGAGAAGCAGCUCCUCAUCCUCUCCUUGCUCUGCAUCCUCUCCAAGGUAAGGAGUCGGGGUGUGGGAUCUCCUCAGGCUCACUCAGGGCAGCACCAGGAUUCCCAGUAUGGGACUGUAGGGAGGCUGCAGUGCUGCUGUAGCCUUGACAGCUGGCAGACAGCUGUAUGUCUGCAGAGCUCUGCCUGGGAGAGAAUUCCAAUGAAGCAGCAUAGUCUUAACUCUCAUGGACCAAAUGCUUCUGUGUUGCAGCAAUGUGCUCUGUUUGCUCACCUGCCCCUGCAGCCAUCCCACAGAUCCUGCAGGCUCUGUGCUGUGAGCACCAGCCCCAGGGCUACUCAGCUCUCCCCCAUUCCAGGACACUCAUGCAAACCAUCCAAUAAAUUGGGGUUCUUCCAGGGAUUUGAUUUUUUUUUUUUUUCUCUUGGAUUCUGCAUGACACAGCUCACUGUGCAGAGUUUUGAAAAAUGUUGGGGUAUGUCAGUUCCAAAUUCUUGUAAUUGCUGAUUGAAUCCCAAGCCAGACUGCAAGCAGGGACACAGAACAGCCUUGUGCCUGUUUGACUGCUUUCCUGGGCACUUAAGAUCUCCAACAGGAGCCACAUUGCCAUCUAAUGACAAGUUAAUUGCAGGGAGCAUGGGGAAAUGGAUUAAUAGAGCUGGAUGGGCAAAUCCUUCUAAAACAUCAAUCUGUAAUAGAAACCUGAAAGAUGAAAAAUGCACUUGGCUCCUGGGUGAGCUAUGACUGAUGAGCAGCUCCUGGCCAGGAGAGCUCAGUGAGCUCUGGAGAGCCACCAGCUGUCCUCUGCCCCCAACCUGAACAUGGCCAACAUCACCAGUGCCCUGGUCCUUCAUGGUCCCCCUGCCUUCUGCUACAGCAGCAGUGCUGCUCAUUGAGAGGACCAGAACAAGACAGAGACUGCCCAGCCCAUUUUGGAAAGAUUUCACCUUUCACGUCCUGGCAGGGCUGCACUGCAUUGUGCAGGGCAGCACAGAACUGCAAAUCCAAAACUUUUGGCUUCAGACCCAAAAUGCAGCAGCCCCAGCAGCCACCCCUGUCAGAUGUGCCAGGGUAAUGGCGUGUGCAGAACAGCCACAGACACACUGCUGCCCACCUGGGGGAACUCCUGCAGGCACAGAGCAGGCACACUGCCUUAGGACACAGGUUGGCAAGGGCUGCUGCAGGCAGGGCAGGGGAGGAGGCAGCCGUAGCACAGAGAACAGCAGUGAGCUUAAUCAGGCUUCGGUUCUCCCCUGCAAAUGUGUUGUCCCAUUUCUUGGCACAAAUGAGAGAUGUGCUCACAGCGAGGGGUUGGGGAGGAGCAGUGCCCUCACCGUAUGCACGCUGCUCCUGGGAAGCUGCAUCCCCGACUGUGCACCAGCUGCCAUGUGGGGCUGCUAGCGCCACCUGAUGAACCCCGGUGUGUGGAUGCUCACUUCCCCAGCCCUACCUCCUCCUGCACUCACAGCAGUGGUGCAUGUCAGCCCCCAUCCCGCAGGAUAUCCCUGAUUCUCCCGGUUUCCAUGGGAGCCCAUCGUGCUGCGCAGUCGCUCCCUAAGCAGACGGCAGCUUUCCCAGCAGCACUGCCAUGUUCCCAUGGAUGGGCAGAGCCAACGAUCUAUCUCCACCCAACCAAGGUUGACUUUCAGAGGCCAUCCCAGUGCACCUGCAGCCACCAGCUGUGUCAAACCCGCGAUGCUUUGUACCCCCAGGUGUGCUCCCAGCUGUGCCGACGGCCGUGCUACUGCUCCCACGUGCUGCCCCGCUGCCCACGUGGGUCCCCCCUGGUCCUGGAUGGCUGUGGCUGCUGCAGGAUCUGCGCUCGGCGCCUGGGAGAGCCCUGCGACUUCCUGCAUGUCUGCGACCGCAGCCAGGGGCUCAUCUGUGACUACAGCUCGGGAACAGGAGGCACCUGCAACUUUGAAGAUGACGAGGAGGGCUGUGAGGUGAAUGGGCGGCUGUACCGUGAUGGGGAGGUGUUCCAGCCCAGCUGCAAGCUGCAGUGCCGCUGCCUGGAUGGGGGCUUCACCUGCGUCCCACUCUGCCAGGAGGACGUCCGCCUGCCCACCCCAGACUGCCCCUACCCACGGCGCGUGGACAUCCCAGGGAAGUGCUGCCCUGAGUGGGUCUGCGAGGCCAGAGAACGGCAGAGCACUGGGGCAGCCCCCGCAGUGCCGUACCUCUGCCAGCCGUGGGUCACAGAGUGGAGCGCCUGCUCGGCCACCUGCGGCAUGGGCUUCUCCACCCGCAUCUCCAACCAGAACCGCUACUGCCGGCUGGAGACACAGCGGCAGCUCUGCAUGCUCAGGCCCUGCCCGGCUCUGCCGGCGGCACCCCUUGUGGUAAGCGAUGGUGAUGCCGACACCUCCAGGCAGCAGCUUGGAGUGGGAAUGGGACACCCCAGCCAACACCCCGUGCGCACCCCAUCAGCCCCCCAGCCAUGAGUCCUCCAGCAUCCACUGUCCCCACAUCGCUCCGCUUUGCCUUUCCAGAGGGGAUGAGGAGGGUGUUUGCAGCCCUGCCCACCCUGGUUGUGUCCCGGAGCCAAGGCCCCGGCACAGAGGCUGGCACACAUCUGUGACACCGUGGUUUUGGAGGAGAUGGAAGACACGUCCCUUGGGAAUCUGGGGGAGAACCGAUGGACUUCAGCUGCAGAGGAGGGUGGAAAUAGAGAACAAGAUCCCUACAACACGCCUGUGUACUCUGCUGCCCCGGGUAGGGUUGCUGGGCAGCAGCGCCCAGUUGUAUGAGAUGGGGAAAUCCUGCCCCAAGCACAAACCCACCUGAGAAAAGGGGACGUUGUCCUUUCCCGGAUUGGAGAGGCUUUCGGAAAGGGCUGAGCGAUGCUGCUGUGCCAAGCACCGCACACACAGCUCUGCUCUGCAGAAUUAGACCACUAGCGGGACGCCCCGUGCCCCCACGCCGGGGAUGGGGGCUCGCUGUCCCACCACACCCAGGCACCGGCAGAGAUGUUUUCCUGGCGGCAGCUCCCAUUCACCUUCCCCACAUCCCUCCAGUACAAACAGCUCCCUGCUCCGCCUGGCCGCCUGCUCUUCAAAGCCCGGCGGUUUGGCAGGGCCCUGGCAGGCGUGCAGCUCAGACGGAGGAGGCACCAGACAUACCACCCCGCAUCCAAGCGCAUACCCCAAAAAAAGGCCAGCAGAAAGGCAGGAGACGGGAAAACAAACAGCAGAGAUGAGCCCAACGGGUUGGAGCUGCUCCAGCGUGCAGAGCUGCACAGGAGAGCGGAGCGGCAGUGAACCUUUAGGGGCUGCUCAGAAACGAAACCCAAAUGCCCUCUAACGGCCUCGCAGCGACGUGCAGAGCAGGACGAGAAGGGCGGCGAGCAGAGCAGGCGGGACCGCGCAUCUUGGCUGUGCACCCCUGCAAUCAAAGCGCUGUGAACGUGAUUGCAGCGUGUUACCCUGGGUUGAGCGUCCCCCUCGGCCAGCAGCAGAGCCCAGCAGCUCCAGCAAGCGCUGGAAAUAAAUCAGUGUGAAGGGUGUUGUCACCUCUUUGGGGGAAAAAAUAAAGGAGAAAAAAGAAAA